UUACUGACCAUGUCUGACUCCAUCCCCUCUGCCCACCCGGACGCUGGCGCCGCCGACCAGCACCGCCCCGCAAACGCGGAAGACCGCAAAGCCGCCGCUGCCCUUUCCUCUCUGAACACGACUGAGAUCGUUGCGGACUCAGGCGCCAAGCCGCCUUUAUCCGCGGACCAGGAGGCACUGGGGAAGGCGAUGAGCCGGUUGGAGAUCGUUGCGGGGCAGGAUGCCGGCAAGAAGGCGACUGGGCCGCAGAAGGAGGCAGAGGUAGUGAGGAAGAAGGCCGUGAAGGUUGCCUCGGAAGAUGUUAGCCUCUUGGUUGACCAGUUAGAUUUAACGAAGGUCAAGGCGACCGAGCUCUUGAAAUCCAACAAUGGAGAUGCUAAGCAGGCGAUCAAGGCUUUUAUAACUCCUGUGGGGGCUUGA